GCAGUGUGUACGUGCCAGCCAGUGAGGCUGGGCGCCUUCCCGGUCGCCUAUGUAUGCGCGCUCCAGUGUCGCGGCAAAGUGACAAAAGGCAGGCGAGUUGUGGAAUAUCAUAGGGGAGGAGAUCGGCCGGGGAACCAAGAGGGGAGGAGAUGUAGCGCGGCACGCCAC